AUGGGAUUAAAAGAUACAAGAUAUGUUUCAGUUGAAGAAACGCUAGCCACCUUUUUGUUCAUCGUUGGUCAAAAUUCAAGUGGAUGGGAAGGUUCAGCUCAUGAUGCUAAAGUAUUACAAGAUGCUUUAACAAGAAAUUCUAACAGAUUACAAGUUCUAGAAGGAAAAUUCUAUUUAGUCGACUGUGGAUACGCCAAUCGUCGUAAUUUUCAAGCUCCAUUUCGAAGUACUCGCUAUCAUCUUCAAGAUUUUAGGGGACAAGGCAAAGAUCCUGUGAAUCAAAAUGAGUUGUUCAAUCAUCGUCAUUCAUCCUUGCGAAAUGUGAUUGAGAGAAUUUUUGGCAUCUUUAAGUCAAGAUUCCUCAUCUUCAAAUCUACUCCACCAUUUCCGUAUAAAACACAAGUAGAGUUAGUUCUUGCAUGUGUUGUUUUACAUAAUUAUCUUCGUAAAGAAUGUCGUUCAGACGUGUUUCCUGAAGAAGUUGUUGUCGCUGAUGAUAAUGAAAGUGAUGUUCAAGAAAUAGGUGAAGAUGAAAACAUGGAUGAUGAUGUUCAAAAUGUCACUCAAGAACAACAAAGAGUGAAUGCUAAUAACUGGAGAGCAAAUAUAGCAGCAACCAUGUGGACAGAUGCUAUGCAUAUGGGAUCUUGA